AUGCUUGGUGACAGAGUGAACCCAGGCAGGGAAGUGUUCCUGAUUUACCCCAGCUUGGGAAAAGCGGGUCAGUCCGGCUGGAGAGGGGGCAGCCGUGAAGGAAGGAUGGGAAUGGUGCUGCGAGCAGCCGUGCUCCUGGGUUCCCUUCUCCACUGCAGCGCUUUUCUGGACCUGAGUGGCCCCAGUGAGGUCAAGGGGGUCUGGAAGGAGUCUAUCACUCUGCCUUGUGCCUAUGUGCCAGUGGAGGACCUUGUGCAGCAAACCCUCACCUGGACUGUGGUACAUAACAAGGGUUCAGGCACCAUCUUUCGGAGGGAUGACGCCGGGGACCAUGUUCUCCUGUCUGAGUACAGGAACAGAGUCAGCAUCCCAAAGGAUGCCCCAGGAAAUGUGUCUCUCCUCAUCCUGAGCCUGGAGAUCUCUGACAGAGGGACCUACACCUGCCAGGUCACCUGGAGAGACAGCAACAACAGCUUGAUAGCAAAGGAGAUCACCACCAGUUUGGAGGUUGUUAAAGUGGCAGCCACCAAGCCCAUCAUCCGAGCUGCGGAGCCGGGGCUGACGCUGCCGGCCGGGGCCAGCGCCAGCCUGACCUGCGAGGCCGGCGGGUCCCCUCCCAUCAGCUACCGCUGGUUCCGCGGCGCCGCGGCGGGCACGGCCGAGCUCCUGAGCAGCGGGGCUGAGCUGGCCUGGCCCAGCCUGCGGCCCUCGGACAGCGGCACGUACUUCUGCGAGGCGCAGAACAGGGCCGGGGCCGGCGCCGUGCAGCGCAGCGAUGCUGUGCAGCUGACGGUGACAGAAAAGCUUCAAACAGAGCUGGUGUCUGGAGGUACCUCAGGAAUCUCCUGGACUCCAUGGGGCCCCACCACUACUGCAGAUCUGCUCAUAACAGCAACAACUCCUGAGAGUGGUGUUGGACAUCCAGGGAAGAAUGAAACAAUUCGUGAUUCCCAGAGGACUGGCUUGUCCCUGUACAUGGUCAUCCUGAUUGCUGUGGUGUGUGGUGCUGUGGUUUUCCUUGUCAUCUCUCUUAUCACUUGCCUUAGAAAGCCCAAAGACGCUCAAGUCUAUGAUGUAAAAUUCCAUAACAUGAAAGCAGCAGCUUCUUCAAGCACAGGUCAUUAUGAGGAACCCAUCUCUGCCACUGAAAACAGCUAUGUGAUAGAGCUUGGAGAAAACAAAGUCCCUGAAGAAGUAAAUAAUGUGUCUGACUCUGUUGCAAACCCCCAGGAGUCUGAGUAUGAAGUAGGGGACACUUCCUGAAAACCAACAAUGCUCUGCGGAUACCAGUCCUGAGGAGCACCUUUACCCAGACAAAAUACAUAUUUAUUUUCC